GGAACGAGCCAAGUUUGAAGUUUUCUCGCGAUCUCUUCCGAUUUAACUCUCGUGUAGGUCAAAGGAAAAUAAUGACUCUGCAAAACGCUCUCAGGGUACGAGACAAAAAUAUCAAAAAUCAUUCGAACAAGGCCGGUUCGGCCCACGCUUGUGUCGAACACCGGAACAGCUAAAUAAACUGCCGCAACAGGUUAUCUAAAAUAAUCGUUUUAUUAGCGUCCUUUCACAGUAUUUAGGGAAUCGAACGGCAUUGAAGUGAAACAGUUUCUAUCCUCGAUGGACAAGAAACUGGAGUCCGGCGUAUUUGGGAACCAAUUACAUAGACUGGUCUAAUCUAGGCUUACAUGUAAUAUAAUUCUGUUUUUAUUGCAGAUUUAUGUAAUACCUUUAUUCUUUCAAGACAAAGGUGACAGGACUUGAAAUCACCUGAGUAAACUUUAAUUUAGAAACUAAAGGGAAGGUGACGAACUUCAGAGUUGUUGCAAGCUCUCAACGCCACGUACGGUGUAGGUCAACCUAUGUAACUCGAGAACAGGAUUUUUAAGAGUCAGAACACGAUGUGUUGUUUCUGAACUUUGUCCGUCGUCAGGUGGAAAUCGCGUCACAAGUUGACUUGCUAUGACAGGAAAACCUUAAAAUGGGGCAUCAGGCACUUCCUAAAUACUUGGACGCUUUAAGUCUCUGUUAUUGAAGAGAACAGCGAUGUUUACAUAAACAGUUGGAGUGGUUCUUCUGGACGUUUCCUCUGAUCUGCAUUGGUGUGCCCGCCGCUAGACUUGAAGUCGGUUUUAUCAGUACUAAUUCUUGUAGAAUCAAAACAAACGUUCAUCUUAAGUAGAUCUGUCUAAGAUGGCUUUUUGCAACCUUCAACUGAGAAGAUCAUUGAUGAUACUAGUGUCGUUAUCGCUGCUGAGCUCUGCAACGGACCAGCGGCACAAACAACCUGAUAGCGACUCUUCGCAGGGCAGCCAUGAUGUUUUUAAUAGGACAGUGGUUUUAAACAGCGCUAGCGAACGGUACUUAGCGAUGAUAUUUCACGAUUUCUCGGAUAAUACCACGGGAAAAAUCUCCGCUGCUCGAUUUAAAGAUUUGCUACGGGAUUUGAGUCUUGGAGAGAAGGUUCCAAAGACGAAACCAUCGUCAUUACAGGAACAAGAAUCUUCCGACAGUCAUCACCGAAAUUCAAGGAGUUACGAUGAACAAGAGGGUGCAUUUGGUGAAUUUGCUCGUGGAAUUUCAGGACAGCGGAGCAGACAAAAGCGCAGAAGCACGAAACAGUCCAAACGAGAGACGAAAUCACAACUUAAUUCCCAUGGCAGUCCCGCUAGGUCUCGAGACAGGAAGCGACGAAACAUGGAAGAUCUUGACGAGCGCAAUUUGGUGGACGGCUGUCCGUUUGUUUGAGUGGUGUGCUGUUAAAACCUCCGGACGGCUCUGCUUAGUCUGCUAAUGAAGAUUUAUUUGUAUUCAGAAGAAGUUACAACGAAAUGGUGAUUGAGCCAUGUAGUGUUCUUUAGCUUCUUGAGUUUAAUACGUCUAUUGUAAGAUCACAUUCGACCAAAGAAGGAAUUAAGGAAGAAUAAAACAGGAAAUUUGUCAACAGGCGCCGGUGGUCCCUCGGCUCCUCACCUCGGGUAUUGCUCCUUCUCUUCACCGAGUUAGCCGGCUUCACCCCUCCCAAACUUACCGAGAAUGGCGACGCUUUCUUAAAAUGGUGGGUGGGAUUUCAAGCAUCUGCUAAUCAGCUCAUCGUGGUCUUUAGUGGUCUAAAAGCUCCUCACAAGGCCAAACAAGUUGUCUACCUCAGUUUUUCUCUCGACUGCCGUCACUCUUCAAAUAAUCUCGCGAAAUAGUCACGUCUCCAAAAGACGAGAAAAACACUAGACAUCACUCCGUGACAAUUUCGGUUUUGCUUUUUAUUGAACCAUCGUUUAAACUGCUGUUCAUUGAAGUUCAUUUAGUGUAGUUUUCAUGCAAAAACUGAAGUGUAAUGGUAUAAGAACAUCGAUUGGAAAAUAAUUCUCUCAAUAUUUUCUAUUUGAAUCAUGUCGGUGACAACCUUGAAACGGUUAGAACUAUCGGCCUUGUCACAGGAUCAUAAAUAGUACCACGUAAAUAUAUGUACUGAAAAAAUGCUUUCAUUUGAAAAGUCAGUUGAGCUCCAGGGGAUAAUCCACUUUAAAAUGUCAUAUUAUUAUUCGAAAACAUUUAUUUCAUGACAUUCGUCUGAACAAAAGCCAAAUUCGUUACUGCGUAUUUCCCUUUAGGUAUACACGUACAUUAAGUAUCCAAUUCUUCAUGGCUUUUUUAGACAUUUUCUCUGCUUCGCCUUGGUAAAAACUGUCCUUGUAUUAAUCAUGCCACGUACGGCAUAUUUAAAAUGAUAAAGUUUUACGUUUUCAUGACUUAAAUGGAAUUAUACUGGACAAAGUGGCUCUAACCAACACCAGUGUGUCAGUGGAUAAAACCUUAGUGUGUGUCCCGAGCCUAAGUGUGUGCCCCGAAUCAAAUGAGCUAUUCAAAAAAGUACAUUUUCUUCCGUAUCGACGUAUUCUCUAGUUCUUACGUCUUUGGAUGAAACUUAUAUUGCUUUGCCAUUCUAAUCACAUAAUUUUUCACUUUGGAAUACUUGUGUGUCGAUAUGUAGAUUCGUUGGUAUGGAGGUUACGCAGUCAUGCUAAGAAAUGAAUACUUUUAAAGGACUUUGGGAGUUGUCACUCGACAGCAUCUCCGUUUUUAAUUACUUCAAUUCAU